AUGACGGCGCGUCUCUUUGUUGGUCCACAGCGGCAGCUGCGCUCAUGUUGAUGUAGCUAGCUACUCUCUUCACGGAAAUAUUUCGUCUCUUGUUUCAUUGCGGCCUGUACACAUUCUCGUAUCUAGCGUUUGUAUCAUACCUUGUCACGAUAUCAAAUUAACCGAGUAAUGGACUCAGACGAGGGGUACAAUUAUGAAUUCGACGAGGAGGAAGAGGAAUGCAGCGAAGACAGCGCUGAGGAGGAUCCCGAAGACGACACCCUGGAAGUGGAGUUGGAUGACCCUGUUGUGGCCGGUGGAGAGCGAGAUGAAUGUGGGGAGACCGGGGGCAGUGGACUAGGGCCCGGUCAAGAUGAGGAGGACUAUCGGUUCGAGGUUCUGACUGCUGAACAAAUCCUUCAGCAUAUGGUCGAGUGUAUCAGGGAGGUCAAUGAUGUCAUCCAGGUAAGGUGAAGGAAAGGCCGAGGAUGUUGGGUCUCGGUAGGCCGCAACUUGUAAAACGUAAACAGCUAGUUAGUUACCAAGUUAGUUUACUGCCCACCACAAACAAUCGUAGGUAACGGUAAGCCUCAACGCCUGUUAGCUUGUUUGCUAGCUAACGUUAGCUAGUUAGCUAGCUACAAACUAACGCUAGUAACGUUACCUUAGCUUAGGUACUGUAGCUAAGUUACUCCGACUUCCAAUUUAACAAACUACUGUAGCUAACAAGCUAGCUAAAUUAACGUUAUCUGUCUAGGGAAGCUGCCAAUUUCAGUUUGGUCAACUAACGUUAGCUAGUUAGCUAACGUUAACUAGUUCACAAACGUUAGCUAACGAACCAAUAACGUAUGUCUCUUGAAUGACUAGGGCGCCUGGCUCAGCAAGAUAAGCGAGUUGUCAGCUCUGCCAAGAUGCUGACCCAACUAACUACAGUAAAGAUUUAAUGAAAAUAACUGUAAGACACAUCCAGACAACCUAGCUAGUUUGGCUAGUCAUCUUUGUCAUUCCCUUGUUAGACAAGUUAGCUACCUGAUAUCUAUUACAACACUGCUAUCAACGUAUUCAGCCAUUUCUCUACUUUUAUGGCACCAACAUGGCGAAAUAGCUACAGAGCAAUCUAGUUGACGUGAAAUCCUAUCAGCCCCCUAUGUCCAUAGUUUCACCUGGAUUAUAGCUAGCCACCUAGCUAGCUAUCUUACUUUCCACUGUGUCUGAUUUUGAGGCCUGUGCGCCUGAAACAACAUGGCCGAACCUUGAUUCCCACUUCUGUCAGCCAGUGAGUUUGUCUGCAAUGAAUUGCAGAUUUUUAUGAUUCCUAUUAUUAGACACACAUUUUGAACAAUAAUAGCCUAGAUCUUAUUUGUCGUAUGACUUACAUGACCGUACUGCUAGUUACCGUUUAGUGUUGUCUAAUCCUAUGCUAAAUAGCUAUGUAGGUGGCUGUCUUUUAAAAGUUGUGAAGUUUCCUGAGGCCAAAUAAAUGUGUAUUUUGCCUCCUAAUUUUUGCUACUCUUCUCUAGAACCCUGCAACGAUAACAAGAAUACUUCUUAGUCACUUCAACUGGGACAAAGAGAAACUGAUGGAAAGGUUAGUUGUGACAUUGGCUCUUGUGUGAUUUGUUGUGAACUCAUUGUAAAACAGGGUCAUCUUCUUGGCAGUAUUUCUACCAUCAUUCUGUUAGUUAGGAGGUCUGUUGAAUGGCCAUGGUCUGGUAUUAAAUAUACAUAAGAAUAGACUGCAUUACACUAGGAAAUUGAAUUGAUCUGGCACAGGGUUAGCCUUUGUCUUGGUGCUUUAGUUUGGCUGUGAUUUAUUGCCUUUGUAAGUAACCAUUUGCUAUAGCAUUACCUAAAGAUGCUCCUGUUGUAGCACAGGAGGUUGGUGACACCUUAAUUGGGGAGGACGGGGCUCGUGGGAAUGGCUGGAGCAGAAUCAGUGGAAUGGUAGCAAAUACGUCACACAUUUGAUGCCAUUCCAUUCGCUCCAUUCCAGCCAUUAUUAUGAGCCGUCCUCCCCUCGGCAGCCUCCACUGUAUUGUAGUGCAUAAAACACCUCUCAAUAAAGUAGCUUGUUUCCCAGCCAGUGAUGACAUUUCCCCUCUCGCUAGGUAUUUUGAUGGGAACCUUGACAAAUUGUUCUCGGAAUGCCAUGUCAUCAACCCCAGUAAGAAGUCGAGGACACGGCUGAUGAACACGAGGUCCUCUGCUCAGGACCUUCCCUGUCAGAUCUGCUACCUGAACUACCCAAACUCGGUCAGUACCCUACUCUGAACCCUAGCCCAUACCUGCAGGUUCUAGUAGUGUAGCUCUGAACUACCCAAACUCAGUCAGUAUCCUGCUCUGAGGGGAAAGACACAACCCCUAGGCAUGAAGGGAAACACUUAACUCCUAGCCCCUACCCACUAGACACUGGUGUAGAUCUGAAAAGAUCAGGACAUGCUCGGGCUGGGAAUUGCCAGGGACCACACGAUACAAUAUUAUCACCAUACUUAGAUACUGAUACGUUAUGUAUUGCGAUUCGAUACUGCGAUUUUAUUGCUAUUUCAUGUUCCUAACAUAUUGCUCACUAUAUGUGUGCUGCAGAGAGACGAGAGCAUGAGAAAAUGAUUUUUGAUCAGUCAUGGAAAUAAAAGUGCUGAAAACACGUUGGCUCACUAUUUUAAAAAAUAAGAUGGAGAACCAGCUAUAGGAUGAAAAAUACCAGAGAUUUGGGCAGGUACAGCCGACUAGCGCUAGCAAAUGCUACCUAGCAAAAAAAAAAUGUAUGUAGUCAAAGUAUCAAUUAUAAUAUCGUGAUAUGUAACUGUAUCGAUUCCCCAUCACUAGGACAUUCCCUGUCAGCCCUUCUACCUGAACUACCCAAACUCGGUCAGUACUCUGAAGGGAAACACAUAACCCCUACACCCUAUCCACUAGCCAGUAGUGUACAUCUGAAAGGAUCAGGACAUGCCCUGUCACAACUACCCAAACUCGGUCACUAUUCUCGAAAGAAGAGAGACGACCCCUAACCCUUACCCACUAGAGUAGGAAAUAUUGGGGACAGGUAUUAACACUGUGGCUGUGCUGCACUUUGACCUCCUCCUCAAGUCUCCACCAGUGUUUAGGGGGUAUUUCUGUCAACGUCCUCAGGUCUCCACCCGUGUUUAGGGGGUAUUUCUGUCAACCUCCUCAGGUCUCCACCCGUGUUUAGGGGGUAUUUCUGUCAACCUCCUCAGGUCUCCACUAGUGUUUAGGGGUUAUUUCUGUCAACCUCCUCAGGUCUCCACCCGUGUUUAGGGGGUAUUUCUGUCAACCUCCUCAGGUCUCCACCAGUGUCUAGGGUAUUUCUGUCAACCUCCUCAGGUCUCCACCAGUGUCUAGGGUAUUUCUGUCAACCUCCUCAGGUCUCCACCAGUGUCUAGGGUAUUUCUGUCAACGUCCUCAGGUCUCCACCAGUGCCUAUGGGGGGUAUUUCUGUCAACUUCCUCAGGUCUCCACCAGUGCCUAUGGGGGGUAUUUCUGUCAACUUCCUCAGGUCUCCACCAGUGCCUAUGGGGGGUAUUUCUGGGCUGUAGUUUAGUCCCCCUAGAUUGAGAUCACAAAGUAGCCUUUACAUGAUUUGGCAAUAAAUCCCCCUUGUACAGGCUGACAAUGUUGCCCUAAGCAAGUGUAUUGGUACCAAGCCUCAGCAGAAGAUGUAGUGGAAUAGUGUAUUGGUAUCAAGCCUCAGCAGAAUAUGUAGUGUAAUAGUGUAUUGGUACCAAGCCUCAGCAGAAGAUGUAGUGGAAUAGUGUAUUGGUACCAAGCCUCAGCAGAAGAUGUAGUGGAAUAGUGUAUUGGUACCAAGCCUCAGCAGAAGAUGUAGUGGAAUAGUGUAUUGGUACCAAGCCUCAGCAGAAUAUGUAGUGUAAUAGUGUAUUGGUACCAAGCCUCAGCAGAAGAUGUAGUGGAAUAGUGUAUUGGUACCAAGCCUCAGCAGAAGAUGUAGUGGAAUAGUGUAUUGGUACCAAGCCUCAGCAGAAGAUGUAGUGUAAUAGUGUAUUGGUACCAAGCCUCAGCAGAAGAUGUAGUGGAAUAGUGUAUUGGUACCAAGCCUCAGCAGAAGAUGUAGUGGAAUAGUGUAUUGGUACCAAGCCUCAGCAGAAGAUGUAGUGGAAUAGUGUAUUGGUACCAAGCCUCAGCAGAAUAUGUAGUGUAAUAGUGUAUUGGUACCAAGCCUCAGCAGAAUAUGUAGUGUAAUAGUGUAUUGGUACCAAGCCUCAGCAGAAGAUGUAGUGGAAUAGUGUAUUGGUACCAAGCCUCAGCAGAAGAUGUAGUGGAAUAGUGUAUUGGUACCAAGCCUCAGCAGAAUAUGUAGUGGAAUCGCUACAUGACUGAAACAUCGUCUUCCUCCCCCACAGUACUUCACUGGCCUGGAGUGUGGACACAAGUUCUGCAUGCAGUGUUGGGGGGACUACUUGACUACCAAAAUCAUCGAGGAGGGGAUGGGGCAGGUAGGCGCCACAAACACCUUUUUUGCUUAACCAGGAAAAAUACCCUUAAGGUAAGAAACCCUUAGUGGGCGGGGCCUGGCAAGAGGUCAGCAGGAAGUAGUCAAGAAAGCAAUGCAAUAGCACAGACAAAACAGUAAAAUAAUUACCUGUGUGUAUCAUCACAAUGGACUCAGGAAAAGCAAUCAAUGGGCUUUUGUUGAGAUGUGUAAAAUCUCACCAUGUUUACUUUCUCUUUCUUUAAAAAAAGACUAUUUCCUGCCCUGCUCACAGCUGUGAUAUAUUGGUGGACGACAACACAGUCAUGUAAGUGUCACGUCGCUGUCGCUUUGCCUCCCACAGCAGGUAGCCUAGCCGUUAGAGCGCUGGGCCAGGAACUGAAAGGUCGCUGGUUCCAAUAUCCGCGCCGGCAAGAUGAAAAAUCUGUCUGUGGCCUUGAGCAAGACACUUAACCCUAAUUUGUUUCCAGGGGCUCCGUACUACUAUGGCUGACCCUGUAAAACAACACAUUUCACUGCACCUAUCCGCUCUGACAAUAAAGCAUUUUUUAUUAUUGUUAAGUUUCAACAUGUUCUACACUGUGCUAGUUCUACACUGUGCUAGUUCUACACUGUGCUAGUUCUACACUGUGCUAGUUCUACACUGUGCUAGUUCUACACUGUGCUAGUUCUACACUGUGCUAGUUCUACACUGUGCUAGUUCUACACUGUGCUAGUUCUACACUGUGCUAGUUCUACACUGUGCUAGUUCUACACUGUGCUAGUUCUACACUGUGCUAGUUCUACACCAGGGUUGCCCAACCCUGUUCCUGGAGAGCUACCCUCCUGUAGGUUUUUGCUCCAACCCCAGGUGUUACUAACCUGAUUCAUCUUUAUCAACCGGCUUGUAAAAACCUACAGGUCUGUAGCUCUCCAGUAACAGGGCUGGGCAGUCCUGCCCUACCCACUGCUUGUUCUGUGGGAGAUAGCUGGUUUUGUAUUUGUCCAAAUCCACUCCCUGAAUUUGCUUUUGAAAAGCUGUUCUUUUCCUGUAGGAGACUAAUCACAGAAUCCAAGGUCAAGCUGAAGUACCAACACUUGAUUACCAAUAGUUUUGUAGAGGUAAGAUGUGUCAUGUUCUUCAUUGAUCAAAUAUACAGCAAAAAUGUUAUAUCAAGAUGAUGUCUGUACAAAACAAUGAAGCAAUUUUACACGUGGGCCUAAAUAUCAAAUUCGUUCUUCAGAUGUCGUUAGAUGAGCUUGCUUGUUUGGGAAAAGAGGGUUAUGGCGUGUGUUCCUUCUGCUAGUAUCAGCUUCUCAUCUUCCUGACUCCUCUCCUCUCGUCCUCAGUGCAAUCGACUGUUAAAAUGGUGCCCAGCGCCAGACUGCCAUCACGUAGUCAAAGUCCAGUACCCAGAUGCCAAGCCUGUGAGAUGCACAUGUGGCCGUCAGUUCUGGUAAGAGACAGCCACACUAUGACUACAUUCCCUGUUUUAUUGGUUUGGUUGUGUAUCACACAUUCUCUGGCAUGCAGAGGGCAUCAAACGCCAAUAAUUACACAGAGACUUCUUGAUUAUUAACACACUGUAAAAGGAUUGUAACCAAGAUCUCUCAGAACGCAUGAUGAUAUCUCUCUUGCAAUUGUCACACAAAGGGAAUCUUAAAAUGCAUUGAUAUUUGGUUACAUGUGGAUCCUGAUUUCUACCCAAUCGUUGCAGCUUCAAUUGUGGUGAGAACUGGCAUGAUCCCGUCAAGUGUAAGGUAUGUCACAACGGAGUCUAAAUUCAACCCUCCCUCCCUCCCUGUCAGUGGUAGUGUGAUAGUGGUUGGCCCUGUCCACAAAAACAACCCCAUAUACACUUCAUGUACUGUAGAUCUGAUAGGAUAGGUGGUAGUAGCUUCACCUUAUCCUCUGAUAGGAUAGGUGGUAGUAGCUUCACCUUAUCCUCUGAUAGGAUAGGUGGUAGUAGCUUCACCUUAUCCUCUGAUAGGAUAGGUGGUAGUAGCUUCACCUUAUCCUCUGAUAGGAUAGGUGGUGGUAGCUUCACCUUAUCCCCUGAUAGGAUAGGUGGUAGUAGCUUCACCUUAUCCUCUGAUAGGAUAGGUGGUAGUAGCUUCACCUUGUCCCCUGAUAGGAUAGGUGGUAGUAGCCUUGUCCCCUGAUUGGAUAGGUGGUGGUAGCCUUGUCCCCUGAUAGGAUAGGUGGUGGUAGCCUUGUCCCCUGAUUGGAUAGGUGGUAGUAGCCUUGUCCCCUGAUUGGAUAGGUGGUGGUAGCCUUGUCCCCUGAUUGGAUAGGUGGUGGUAGCCUUGUCCCCUGAUAGGAUAGGUGGUGGUAGCCUUGUCCCCUGAUAGGAUAGGUGGUAGUAGCUUCACCUUAUCCUCUGAUAGGAUAGGUGGUAGUAGCCUUGUCCUCUGAUAGGAUAGGUGGUAGUAGCCUUGUCCCCUGAUAGGAUAGGUGUAGUCCAGGGUUUCCGUUAGCCGGUAAUAGCCGGCUUUUGACACCCCAAAAAAUCUGAAUAGCCGAUAAAUAAAAUAAGCGCCUGCCAAUUGUCCGGGAGAAAGAAAAAAAUCCCUUGGUGAAAUAAUGCAUUUUAGCCUCUUCAUUGAUUGAAAUACCAGUUGAUGUAACGCUACAACUGCUUAUUGUUGCUGCUGGAAUGAAACAUGCUUUAAUAAGCCCAAUUAUUGCGCAACAUUGUUUUUUUUUUUGUUUUUUUACAACAACAACAAAAAAUGGCCACAAUUUAAACAAAGACCUACUAUUUUUAUUUCUCAAGUGGUAAUUGAAGCACGCUUCCUAUUCCCCAUUCAAGUGCGUAGGCAACUAGGCAGGCUUCAGCACGUCACACACCACAUUGCAAUGAGCUGGAGGUGCUCCUGAGUGGCGCAGUGGUCUAAGGCACUGCAUCGCAGUGCUAGCUGUGCCACUAGAGAUCCUGGUUCGAAUCCAGGCUCUGUCGCAGCCGGCCGCGACCGGGAAACUCAUGGGGCGGCGCACAAUUGGCCCAGCGUCGUCCAGGGUAGGGGAGGGAAUGGCCGGCAGGGAUGUAGCUCAGUUGAUAGAGCAUGGCGUUUGCAACGCCAGGGUUGUGGGUUGGAUUCCCACGGGGGGCCAGUAUAAAGAAGAAGAAAAAAUUAAACAGAACAAAGGGGGAAAAAACAAAAAUAAAGAAAUACAAAAAAAAUACAAAAAAAGAAAACACAAAUGUAUUCACUUAACUGUAAGUCGCUCUGGAUAAGAGCUUCUGCUAAAUGACUAAAAAUGUAAAUGUAGUAUGCAUGUUGAAAACGGACGCUUAAUUGUUUGAAACCUGAACGUUUUACUGCAUAUUAUGAGACAUGUCUUACCUUGCUUCAAUGUAGCCUAUAGCCAAAAUCCCACCAAACGUGCAGGCAAUUAUUUUCUAAAGAUUUCCAUAUGCCAUUGAAACCAGUGGCCUUUUUCUCUCAUUUUCUAUUGGUUUUCAAAUCAACUUUCUUUCAUUGUCCAGUAGCCAAAGGCACAAUCCUAGUCAUAUUAGCAACCCCAUGCUAGAUGUUGCAAAUUUAGAUCUCCCCUCUUUCUACAUUUCUAACGGAUAUUUUCAUCUCUGUCUCGUCAAACCGCUCAAAAUGGUGUUUUCCUGCUAAUUGCAUUAUGGAACGAGCAUUCGCACGUAGCUUGCUGCGCUUAUAAUGUGAAGAAAUACCAUAAUUUUCGGACUAUAAGCCGCGCCUUUUUUCCCAUUUUUCGACCCUGCGGCUUAUAUAAUGGUGCGGCUAAUCUAUGGAUUUUUACAGCUAACGGCCACUAGAAGACCUCCUAAAUCUAUGGAUUUUACAGGUUACAGUCCACCAACUUUAACUCUAUGGGCUCUAUGACCGGUCCGCGCCCCCCACCUUUAAGCGGCGGGCUCCAGCAGGAAAAGCUGGAGGCCGGAAAAGAGUGAGACAGGUAGCGCGCAAAAGUAAAAGUGGAACCGAGAGUGGUACGAGAGACAGAACGAGAGCAAGACAGACAGACAUUACGAGAGCGAGACAGUUUGUCUCUUUCCUGACAAUCCCCUCUGUGCACGAACCCUUACAUAUGGUAAUUAAACAUGAAAACACCUGCGGCUUAUAGUCCAGUGCGGCUUAUAUAUGUACACAUCAUUCAAUAUCAUUCAAUUUAGCUGCUGCGGCUUAUACUCCGGUGUGCCUUUAUAGUGCGGAAAAUACGGUAAUCGUUUAUCAACCUUUUUUAUGCUAAACGUUCUGAUCUGUUGCAUGAGCCUCAUUGCUUUUUAACGUUUUCUGGAUGAAGGUUUGGCCCACUGGUUGGAUGAAUAUGGAAUCUAUUGUCCCAGAGUCAGUUUGGAAUAGGCCAUUUCUUUCUCUGACAAGCUGACCAAUAGAAUAGGUCAACAUUUCUACUAUGGGGGAUAGUAGAUUGACAUACAGUGAGGGGAAAAAAGCAUUUGAUCCCCUGCUGAUUUUGUACGUUUGCCCACUGACAAAGAAAUGAUCAGUCUAUAAUUUUAAUGAUAGGUUUAUUUGAACAGUGAGAGACAGAAUAACAACAACAGAAAUCCAGAAAAACACAUGUCAAAAAUGUUAUAAAUUGAUUUGCAUUUUAAUGAGGGAAAUAAGUAUUUCACCCCUCUGCAAAACAUGACUUAGUACUUGGUGGCAAAGCCCUUGUUGGCAAUCACAGAGGUCAGACGUUUCUUGUAGUUGGCCACCAGGUUUGCACACAUCUCAGGAGGGAUUUUGUCCCACUCCUCUUUGCAGAUCUUCUCCAAGUCAUUAAGGUUUCGAGGCUGACAUUUGGCAACUCGAACCUUCAGCUCCCUCCACAGAUUUUCUAUGGGAUUAAGGUCUGGAGACUGGCUAGGCCACUCCAGGACCUUAAUGUGCCUCUUCUUGAGCCACUCCUUUGUUGCCUUGGUCGUGUGUUUUGGGUCAUUGUCAUGCUGGAAUACCCAUCCACGACCCAUUUUCAAUGCCCUGGCUGAGGGAAGGAGGUUCUCACCCAAGAUUUGACGGUACAUGGCCCCGUCCAUCGUCCCUUUGAUGCGGUGAAGUUGUCCUGUCCCCUUAGCAGAAAAACACCCCCAAAGCAUAAUGUUUCCACCUCCAUGUUUGACGGUGGGGAUGGUUUUCUUGGGGUCAUAGGCAGCAUUCCUCCUCCUCCAAACACGGCGAGUUGAGUUGAUGCCAAAGAGCUCCAUUUUGGUCUCAUCUGACCACAACACUUUCACCCAGUUCUCCUCUGAAUCAUUCAGAUGUUCAUUGGCAAACUUCAGAUGGGCCUGUAUAUGUGCUUUCUUGAGCAGGGCGACCUUGCGGGCGCUGCAGGAUUUCAGUCCUUCACGGCGUAGUGUGUUACCAAUUGUUUUCUUGGUGACUAUGGUCCCAGCUGCCUUGAGAUCAUUGACAAGAUCCUCCCGUGUAGUUCUGGGCUGAUUCCUCACCGUUCUCAUGAUCAUUGAAACUCCACGAGGUGAGAUCUUGCAUGGAGCCCCAGGCCAAGGGAGAUUGACAGUUCUUUUGUGUUUCUUCCAUUUGCGAAUAAUCGCACCAACUGUUGUCACCUUCUCACCAAGCUGCUUGGCGAUGGUCUUGUAGCCCUACAAUCUUGUCCCUGACAUCCUUGGAGAGCUCUUUGGUCUUGGCCAUGGUGGAGAGUUUGGAAUCUGAUUGAUUGAUUGCUUCUGUGGACAGGUGUCUUUUAUACAGGUAACAAGCUGAGAUUAGGAGCACUCCCUUUAAGAGUGUAAUGUAAUCUCAGCUCGUUACCUGUAUAAAAGACACCUGGGAGCCAGCAAUCUUUCUGAUUGAGAGGGGGUCAAAUACUUAUUUCCCUCAUUAAAAUGCAAAUCAAUUUAUAAAAUGUUUGUAGUGGUGGUGGUUAUACUAGUGAUGGUGUAGUGGUGGUUAUACUCCUGUGUGCAAACCUGGUGGCCAACUACAAGAAACGUCUGACAUCUGUGAUUGACAACAAGGGUUUUGCCACCAAGUACUAAGUCAUGUUUUGCAGAGGGGUCAAAUACUUAUUUCCCUCAUUAAAAUGCAAAUCAAUUUAUUUUGUUAUUCUGUCUCUCAAUGUUCAAAUAAACGUACCAUUAAAAUUAUAGACUGAUAAUGUCUUUGUCAGUGGGCAAACGUACAAAAUCAGCAGGGGAUCAAAUACUUUUUUCCCUCACUGUAGGCUAGUGAUUUUGCUGUUCGUUACUCGUCUUGUUGGCAGAGGAAAAGUAAAUUUGGGCAAUUAUUCUAACAUAGGCAGCGUGUGGGUUUCAAGUUUGGGAAAACUCAUUUUCACCAUAAAAAUGCACCUUUAUAAUAAAGCAUUCCAUGCAUCCUUGCAUUUGCAGACUUAUUUAUGUAAGACCCUACUAUGGGCCUCCCGAGUGGCGCAGCGGUCUAAGGCAGUGCUAGAGGCGUCACUACAGAUCCAGGUUCGAUCCCAGGCUGUGUCGCAGCCUGCCGCGACCGGGAGACCCAUGAGGCGACGCACAAUUGGCCCAGCGUCGUCCGGGUUAGGGGAGUGUUAGGCCGGCCCGGGAUGACCUUGUCCCAUCGCGCUCUAGCGACUCCUGUGGCAGGCCGGGCGCAUGCUGUUGUACGGCGUUUCCUCCGACACAUUGGUGCGGCUGGCUUCCGGGUUAAGCGAGCACUGAGUCAAGAAGCAGUGCGGCUUGGCAGGGCCGUGUUUCGGAGGAAGUAUGGCUCUCGACCUUCGCCUCUACCGAGUCCGUACAGGAGUUGCAGCGAUGGGACAAGACUGUAACUACCAAUUUGGAUAUCACGAAAAAGGGGUAAAAAGUACAACAACAAAAAAAUGAGCCUACUAUUCCUAAUGUGAUGAUUAGAUUGGAUAGUCAUAAUUUAGGCUAAUAAUAUAACUCAAUCACUGUUCGUAAAACAUAAUGUUAAAUGCAGCAUGUAGUGGCUUAGAGUAGGCUAGGCUAUAUCAGAUAGCAUUCCUUUCUUUACACCAGAAAAUGUUGGCCUUUUUUUAAAAAACACAUUUCAUGCAAUUCUACUACACUUUAUAUCACUGGAGACAUUAGCAGAAUAUUUUUUUAAUACAACAAAAAUUACAGGGUAGCCUACUCUGCUGCCACUGACAAACCGAUCAAUAAACACGACGUUGUCGGUUCCAUAUAAUCGCCCUACGAAAAGAGACACAAAUACAAUAUGACGUCAAUCUAACCUGGAGAAGGAAAUUAUCGUCCAAAAACAAACAAAAGUGGCACUGACCCAAUGAUAAAGACAGUGAAUAUGCACUCACCGGGGAUAUGGCUGAUGUUCUCCGCUGGUGCCAAUAAGACUUUUCACUCAAUUAAGUUCAGAAUUUUGAGAACUAAAAGACAGAUUGGAGUCUUUUCAUUAUGUUCUCUUUACAGCAAUAGCCAACUUCACCUUAUCCUCUGAUAGGAUAGGUGGUAGUAGCUUCACCUUAUCCCCUGAUAGGAUAGGUGGUAGUAGCUUCACCUUAUCCUCUGAUAGGAUAGGUGGUGGUAGCUUCACCUUGUCCUCUGAUAGGAUAGAUGGUGGUAGCUUCACCUUAUCCCCUGAUAGGAUAGGUGGUAGUAGCUUCACCUUAUCCCCUGAUAGGAUAGGUGGUAGUAGCUUCACCUUAUCCUCUGAUAGGAUAGGUGGUAGUAGCUUCACCUUGUCCUCUGAUAGGAUAGGUGGUAGUAGCUUCACCUUAUCCCCUGAUAGGAUAGGUGGUAGUAGCUUUACCUUAUCCUCUGAUAGGAUAAGUAGAGUUGUCACCAUAUUGCUUAUACCUCUAUACCUUUCAGAUCUCCACUAGUGACUAAAGGAUGGUACUGGACUAGACAUUCAUGGGUAGUGGUGCAGUGUACGUGGGAUGGUACUGGACUAGACAUUCAUGGGUAGUGGUGCAGUGUACGUGGGAUGGGACUGGACUAGACAUUCAUGGGUAGUGGUGCAGUGUACGUGGGACAGAGGUCCUGAGAUAAACACAGUUCUGCUUACUGUAUUAUAGGGACAUUAUCAAACAAAGGUUGGUGACCUUUGAACUUGUGUAUUGAAUAUCCUUUUUCUACAUGUACUUUUCAGUGGUUGAGGAAAUGGAUCAAGAAGUGUGACGACGACAGCGAGACGUCCAACUGGAUCGCAGCGAAUACAAGGGUAUUUUAUCCUAGUCUGUUUUAUGGAGGUCCAGCAGCUAGCUAUAUCAGUUGCUAGUCCUCCACGAAACCAGGAAGAUUUGGAUUUUGAGUAUCUCUUUAAGCAUUUUAGGACCGGUUUCCCAGACAUAGAUUAAGCCUAUUCCUGGACUGAAAAGCAUUCUCAGUGGUUAUUCUAGGCUUAAUCUGUGUCCUGGAAACUGGCCCUUAAAUGUUGCUCUAUAGUGCUGCGGUGUGAAUGAUGGACUGUUACUGAGCUGUCUCUCUGCUUGGCCAUCUGUCCCUCAGGAGUGCCCCAAAUGCCACGUGACCAUUGAGAAGGACGGUGGCUGCAACCACAUGGUGUGUCGGAACCAGAGCUGCAAGGCUGAGUUCUGCUGGGUCUGCCUGGGGCCCUGGGAACCACACGGCUCUGCCUGGUGGGUGGAUCUACCUCCUAAUGACUAGUACUAUUGUACUGGAAGUCUAUGGGGAUCUGCUAGCAUGCUAGUAGAUACCCAUAGACUUGCAGUCAUUGCGCUAACGCUAGUUAGCAUUGGCUUGCAAAACUACCUCUAACUUACUUCAUUCUGGAUACAGAGACAUAAAAAUGGUAUCCAUGAGUUGAUCUGACUCUGGGGGAAGUAGAUAAAGGGCUUCACUGCCAACAUCCCGAAGUGUCCCUUUAAGAUUCCUUUAUUGUCAUUUAAGGUUCAACGAAAAUUUGACUUCCGCUUUCUCCCAACGCCAGGGGGCUGGGCGCCCGUGGAGCAGUUGUUGUUGUUGGGGGGGGGGGGGGGGGGGGGGGGGGGGGUUAGGUGCCUUGAUCAAGGCCGCAACUGCAGGUGAUGGCAUCUAGGAUUGUUGCUAGCAACCCUCCCGUUAAAAAAACUAACUUCCGGACAGAUUUCCUGUCAGACCCGGGAUUCGAACUGGCAACCCUCCGGUUGCUGUCGGGUCUUGCUGUAAUAAUGAAGGAAGCUACAACCAUAUUGAACUAAAAUGUGUUUUUUUUCCUCUCACUAAUUACUUGCUCUGUUUUGUAGGUACAACUGCAACCGCUACAAUGAGGAUGAUGCCAAGGCAGCGAGGGACGCACAAGAGGUAACAGUGAGUCAUGGUGUCUUUGGUGUCCCUCACUAUAGAAUCACAACACAGUCCUGGUCUUUGUUGAAGAGCGUGUAUAAUGAUUGACAGGUCUCCUCAGUCCUGGUCUUUGUUGAAGAGCGUGUAUAAUGAUAGACAGGUUUCCUCAGUCCUGGUCUUUGUUGAAGAGCGUGUAUAAUGAUUGACAGGUCUCCUCAGAGCGUGUAUAAUGAUUGACAGGUCUCCUCAGAGCGUGUAUAAUGAUAGACAGGUUUCCUCAGUCCUGGUCUUUGUUGAAGAGCGUGUAUAAUGAUUGACAGGUCUCCUCAGAGUGUGUAUAAUGAUUGACAGGUCUCCUCAGAGUGUGUAUAAUGAUAGACAGGUCUCCUCAGAGUGUGUAUAAUGAUUGACAGGUCUCCUCAGAGCGUGUAUAAUGAUUGACAGGUCUCCUCAGAGCGUGUAUAAUGAUUGACAGGUCUCCUCAGAGCGUGUAUAAUGAUUGACAGGUCUCCUCAGAGCGUGUAUAAUGAUAGACAGGUCUCCUCAGAGCGUGUAUAAUGAUUGACAGGUCUCCUCAGAGCGUGUAUAAUGAUUGACAGGUCUCUUCAGUCCCCCAACAAUUAAUUCCUGUUAUGAUUAAGGCGUUCUCCUGGUUUAAUAUUAUUUACAGUGUAGUAGUAUGGUGUAGUGGUUAUACUAGUGAUGGUGUAGUGGUGGUUAUACUAGUGAUGGUAUAGUAGUGGUGGUUAUACUAGUGAUGGUAUAGUAGUGGUGGUUAUACUAGUGAUGGUAUAGUAGUGGUGGUUAUACUAGUGAUGGUAUAGUAGUGUUGGUUAUACUAGUGAUGGUAUAGUAGUGGUGGUUAUACUAGUGAUGGUGUAGUAGUGGUGGUUAUACUAGUGAUGGUAUAGUAGUGGUGGUUAUACUAGUGAUGGUAUAGUAGUGGUGGUUAUACUAGUGAUGGUGUAGUAGUGGUGGUUAUACUAGUGAUGGUAUAGUAGUGGUGGUUAUACUAGUGAUGGUAUAGUAGUGAUGGUGUAGUAGUGGUUAUACUAGUGAUGGUGUAGUAGUGGUUAUACUAGUGGUGGUGUAGUACUGGUUAUACUAGUGAUGGUAUAGUAGUGGUGGUUAUACUAGUGAUGGUGUAGUAGUGGUGGUUAUACUAGUGAUGGUAUAGUAGUGGCGGUUAUACUAGUGAUGGUAUAGUAGUGGUGGUUAUACUAGUGAUGGUAUAGUAGUGGUGGUUAUACUAGUGAUGGUGUAGUAGUGGUGGUUAUACUAGUGAUGGUAUAGUAGUGGUGGUUAUACUAGUGAUGGUAUAGUAGUGGUGGUUAUACUAGUGAUGGUGUAGUAGUGGUGGUUAUACUAGUGAUGGUAUAGUAGUGGUGGUUAUACUAGUGAUGGUAUAGUAGUGGUGGUUAUACUAGUGAUGGUAUAGUAGUGGUUAUACUAGUGAUGGUAUAGUAGUGGUGGUUAUACUAGUGAUGGUAUAGUGGUGGUGGUUAUACUAGUGAUGGUAUAGUAGUGGUGGUUAUACUAGUGAUGGUAUAGUAGUGGUGGUUAUACUAGUGAUGGUAUAGUAGAGUGGUUAUACUAGUGAUGGUAUAGUAGUGGUGGUUAUACUAGUGAUGGUAUAGUAGUGAUGGUGUAGUAGUGGUUAUACUAGUGAUGGUGUAGUAGUGGUUAUACUAGUGGUGGUGUAGUAGUGGUUAUACUAGUGGUGGUAUAGUAGUGGUGGUUAUACUAGUGAUGGUAUAGUAUUGGUGGUUAUACUAGUGAUGGUAUAGUAGUGGUGGUUAUACUAGUGAUGGUAUAGUAGUGGUGGUUAUACUAGUGGUGGUUAUACUAGUGGUGGUUAUACUAGUGAUGGUAUAGUAGUGGUGGUUAUACUAGUGAUGGUAUAGUAGUGGUGGUUAUACUAGUGGUGGUGUAGUAGUGGUGGUUAUACUAGUGAUGGUAUAGUGGUGGUGGUUAUACUAGUGAUGGUAUAGUAGUGGUGGUUAUACUAGUGAUGGUAUAGUAGUGGUGGUUAUACUAGUGAUGGUAUAGUAGAGUGGUUAUACUAGUGAUGGUAUAGUAGUGGUGGUUAUACUAGUGAUGGUAUAGUAGUGAUGGUGUAGUAGUGGUUAUACUAGUGAUGGUGUAGUAGUGGUUAUACUAGUGGUGGUGUAGUAGUGGUUAUACUAGUGGUGGUAUAGUAGUGGUGGUUAUACUAGUGAUGGUAUAGUAGUGGUGGUUAUACUAGUGAUGGUAUAGUAGUGGUGGUUAUACUAGUGAUGGUAUAGUAGUGGUGGUUAUACUAGUGAUGGUAUAGUAGUGGUGGUUAUACUACUGAUGGUAUAGUAGUGAUGGUGUAGUAGUGGUUAUACUAGUGGUGGUGUAGUAGUGGUUAUACUAGUGAUGGUAUAGUAGUGGUGGUUAUACUAGUGAUGGUGUAGUAGUGGUGGUUAUACUAGUGAUGGUGUAGUAGUGGUUAUACUAGUGGUGGUGUAGUAGUGGUUAUACUAGUGAUGGUAUAGUAGUGGUGGUUAUACUAGUGAUGGUGUAGUAGUGGUGGUUAUACUAGUGAUGGUAUAGUAGUGGCGGUUAUACUAGUGAUGGUAUAGUAGUGGUGGUUAUACUAGUGAUGGUAUAGUAGUUGGUGGUUAUACUAGUGAUGGUGUAGUAGUGGUGGUUAUACUAGUGAUGGUAUAGUAGUGGUGGUUAUACUAGUGAUGGUAUAGUAAGUGAUGGUGUAGUAGUGGUUAUACUAGUGGUGGUGUAGUAGUGGUUAUACUAGUGAUGGUAUAGUAGUGGUGGUUAUACUAGUGAUGGUAUAGUGGUGGUGGUUAUACUAGUAAUGGUAUAGUAGUGGUGGUUAUACUAGUGAUGGUAUAGUAGUGGUGGUUAUACUAGUGAUGGUAUAGUAGAGUGGUUAUACUAGUGAUGGUAUAGUAGUGGUGGUUAUACUAGUGAUGGUAUAGUAGUGAUGGUGUAGUAGUGGUUAUACUAGUGAUGGUGUAGUAGUGGUUAUACUAGUGGUGGUGUAGUAGUGGUUAUACUAGUGAUGGUAUAGUAGUGGUGGUUAUACUAGUGAUGGUAUAGUAGUGGGUGGUUAUACUAGUGAUGGUAUAGUAGUGGUGGUUAUACUAGUGAUGGUAUAGUAGUGGUGGUUAUACUAGUGAUGGUAUAGUAGUGGUGGUUAUACUAGUGAUGGUAUAGUAGUGGUGGUUAUACUAGUGAUGGUAUAGUAGUGGUGGUUAUACUAGUGGUGGUUAUACUAGUGAUGGUAUAGUAGUGGUGGUUAUACUAGUGAUGGUAUAGUAGAGUGGUUAUACUAGUGAUGGUAUAGUAGUGGUGGUUAUACUAGUGGUGGUGAUGUAGUGGUGGGUAUAGUAGUGGUGGUUAUACUAGUGAUGGUAUAGUAGCGGUGGUUAUACUAGUGAUGGUAUAGUAGUGGUGGUUAUACUAGUGAUGGUAUAGUUGUGGUGGUUAUACUAGUGAUUGUAUAGUAGUGGUGGUUAUACUAGUGAUGGUAUACUAGUGGUGGUUAUACUAGUGGUGGUGUAGUAGUGGUGGUUAUACUAGUGAUGGUAUAGUAGUGGUGGUUAUACUAGUGAUGGUAUAGUAGUGGUGGUUAUACUAGUGAUGCUAUAGUAGUGGUGGUUAUACUAGUGAUGGUAUAGUUGUGGUGGUUAUACUAGUGAUGGUAUAGUAGAAGUGGUUAUACUAGUGAUGGUAUAGUAGUGGUGGUUAUACUAGUGAUGGUAUAGUAGUGGUGGUUAUACUAGUGAUGGUAUAGUAGUGGUGGUUAUACUAGUGAUGGUAUAGUAGUGGUGGUUAUACUAGUGAUGGUAUAGUAGUGGUGGUUAUACUAGUGGUGGUUAUACUAGUGAUGGUAUAGUAGUGGUGGUUAUACUAGUGAUGGUAUAGUAGUGGUGGUUAUACUAGUGAUGGUAUAGUAGUGGUGGUUAUACUAGUGAUGGUAUAGUUGUGGUGGUUAUACUAGUGAUGGUAUAGUAGUAGUGGUUAUACUAGUGAUGGUAUAGUAGUGGUGGUUAUACUAGUGAUGGUAUAGUAGUGGUGGUUAUACUAGUGAUGGUAUAGUAGUGGUGGUUAUACUAGUGAUGGUAUAGUAGUGGUGGUUAUACUAGUGAUGGUAUUGUAGUGGUGGUUAUACUAGUGGUGGUUAUACUAGUGAUGGUAUAGUAGUGGUGGUUAUACUAGUGAUGUAAUAGUAGAGUGGUUAUACUAGUGAUGGUAUAGUAGUGGUGGUUAUACUAGUGGUGGUGAUGUAGUGGUGGUUAUACUAGUGAUGGUAUAGUAGUGGUGGUUAUACUAGUGAUGGUAUAGUAGUGGUGGUUAUACUAGUGAUGGUAUAGUAGUGGUGGUUAUACUAGUGAUGGUAUAGUAGUGGUGGUUAUACUAGUGAUGGUAUAGUAGUGGUGGUUAUACUAGUGAUGGUAUAGUAGUGGUGGUGUAGUAGUGAUGGUGUAGUAGUGGUGGUUAUACUAGUGGUGGUUAUACUAGUGAUGGUGUAGUAGUGAUGGUAUAGUAGUGGUGGUUAUACUAGUGAUGGUAUAGUAGUGGUGGUUAUACUAGUGAUGGUAUAGUAGUGGUGGUUAUACUAGUGAUGGUAUAGUAGUGGUGGUUAUACUAGUGAUGGUAUAGUAGUGGUGGUUAUACUAGUGAUGGUAAUAGUAGUGGUGGGUAUAGUAUGGUGGUUUAUACUAGUGGUGGUUAUACUAGUGAUGGUAUAGUAGUUGGUGGUUAUACUAGUGAUGGUAUAGUAGAGUGGUUAUACUAGUGAUGGUAUAGUAGUGGUGGUUAUACUAGUGGUGGUGAUGUAGUGGUGGGUAUAGUAGUGGUGGUUAUACUAGUGAUGGUAUAGUAGCGGUGGUUAUACUAGUGAUGGUAUAGUAGUGGUGGUUAUACUAGUGAUGGUAUAGUUGUGGUGGUUAUACUAGUGAUGGUAUAGUAGUGGUGGUUAUACUAGUGAUGGUAUAGUAGUGGUGGUUAUACUAGUGGUGGUGUAGUAGUGGUGGUUAUACUAGUGAUGGUAUAGUAGUGGUGGUUAUACUAGUGAUGUUAUAGUAGUGGUGGUUAUACUAGUGAUGGUAUAGUAGUGGUGGUUAUACUAGUGAUGGUUAUAGUUGUGGUGGUUAUACUAGUGAUGGUAUAGUAGAGGUGGUUAUAACUAGUGAUGGUAUAGUAGUGGUGGUUAUACUAGUGAUGGUAUAGUAGUGGUGGUUAUACUAGUGAUGGUAUCGUAGUGGGUGGUUAUACUAGUGAUGGUAUAGUAGUGGUGGUUAUACUAGUGAUGGUAAUAGUAGUGGUGGUUAUACUAGUGGUGGUUAUACUAGUGGUGGUUAUACUAGUGAUGGUAUAGUAGUGGUUGGUUAUACUAGUGAUGGUAUAGUAGUGGUGGUUUAUACUAGUGAUGGUAUAGUAGUGGGUGGUUUAUACUAGUGAUGGUAUAGUUGUGGUGGUUAUACUAGUGAUGGUAUAGUAGUAGUGGUUAUAACUAGUGAUGGUAUAUAGUAGUGGUGGUUAUACUAGUGAUGGUAUAGUAGUGGUGGUUAUACUAGUGAUGGUAUAGUAGUGGUGGUUAUACUAGUGAUGGUAUAGUCAGUGGUGGUUAUACUAGUGAUGGUUAGUAGUGGUGGUUAUACUAGUGAUGGUAUUAGUGGUGGUUAUACUAGUGGUGGUUAUACUAGUGAUGGUAUAGUAGUGGUGGUUAUACUAGUGAUGUAAUAGUAGAGUGGUUAUACUAGUGAUGGUAUAGUAGUGGUGGUUAUACUAGUGGUGGUGAUGUAGUGGUGGUUAUACUAGUGAUGGUAUAGUAGUGGUGGUUAUACUAGUGAUGGUAUAGUAGUGGUGGUUAUACUAGUGAUGGUAUAGUAGUGGUGGUUAUACUAGUGAUGUUAUAGUAGUGGUGGUUAUACUAGUGAUGGUAUAGUAGUGGUGGUUAUACUAGUGAUGGUAUAGUAGUGAUGGUGUAGUAGUGGUGGUUAUACUAGUGGUGGUUAUACUAGUGAUGGUGUAGUAGUGAUGGUAUAGUAGUGGUGGUUAUACUAGUGAUGGUAUAGUAGUGGUGGUUAUACUAGUGAUGGUGUAGUAGUGGUGGUUAUACUAGUGAUGGUAUAGUAGUGGUGGUUAUACUAUUGAUGGUAUAGUAGUGGUGGUUAUACUAGUGAUGGUAUAGUAGUGGUGGUUAUACUAGUGGUGGUGUAGUAGUGGUGGUUAUACUAGUGAUGGUAUAGUAGUGGUGGUUAUACUAGUGAUGGUAUAGUAGUGGAGGUUAUACUAGUGAUGGUAUAGUAGUGGUGGUAUACUAGUGGUGGUAUAGUAGUGGUGGUUAUACUAGUGAUGGUAUAGUAGUGGUGGUUAUACUAGUGGUGGUAUAGUAGUUGUGGUUAUACUAGUGGUGGUAUAGUAGUGGUGGUAUAGUAGUGGUGGUAUAGUAGUGGUGGUUAUACUAGUGGUGGUGUAGUAGUGGUGGUUAUACUAGUGAUGGUAUAGUAGUGGUGGUUAUACUAGUGAUGGUAUAGUAGUGGUGGUUAUACUAGUGAUGGUGUAGUAGUGGUGGUAUACUAGUGAUGGUUAUACUAGUGAUGGUAUAGUAGAGUGGUUAUACUAGUGAUGGUAUAGUAGUGGUGGUUAUACUAGUGAUGGUAUAGUAGUGGUGGUUAUACUAGUGAUGGUAUAGUAGUAGUGGUUAUACUAGUGAUUGUGUAGUAGUGGUGGUUAUACUAGUGAUGGUGUAGUAGUGGUGGUUAUACUAUUGAUGGUUAUACUAGUGAUGGUGUAGUAGUGGUGGUAUACUAGUGAUGGUAUAGUAGUGGUGGUUAUACUAGUGAUGGUAUAGUAGAGUGGUUAUACUAGUGAUGGUAUAGUAGUGGUGGUUAUACUAGUGAUGGUAUAGUAGUGGUGGUUAUACUAGUGAUGGUAUAGUAGUGGUGGUUAUACUAGUGAUGGUAUAGUAGUGGUGGUUAUACUAGUGAUGGUAUAGUAGUGGUGGUUAUAUUAGUGAUGGUUAUACUAGUGAUGGUGUAGUAGUGGUGGUUAUACUAGUGAUGGUAUAGUAGUGGUGCUUAUAUUAGUGAUGGUGUAGUAGUGGUGGUUAUACUAGUGGUGGUUAUACUAUUGAUGGUGUAGUAGUGGUGGUUAUACUAGUGAUGGUAUAGUAGUGGUGGUUAUACUAGUGAUGGUAUAGUAGUGGUGGUUAUACUAGUGAUUAUAUAGUAGUUGUGGUUAUACUAGUGAUGGUAUAUUAGUGGUGGUUAUACUAGUUAUGAAGAGCAUGUAUAAUGGUAGACAUAUUCUCCCAGUCCCCAGGCUUGAUUGUUGUUGUGAUUAAGAGCCAGGCGUUGUCCCCCCCCCCUCCUCCAGCGAUCCAGGGCAGCGCUGCAGCGGUACCUGUUCUACUGCAACCGCUACAUGAACCACAUGCAGUCGCUGCGCUUCGAGCACAAGCUGUACGCCGGGGUCAAGCAGAAGAUGGAGGAGAUGCAGCAGCACAACAUGUCCUGGAUCGAGGUGCAGUUCCUGAAGAAGGCCGUGGACGUGCUGUGUCAGUGUCGCUCCACACUCAUGUUCACCUACGUCUUCGCCUUCUACCUCAAGAAGAACAACCAGUCCAUCAUCUUUGAGGUAACUUUACAGCUAUAGUACUAACCCUAUAGCUAACCUAAACCCUUCUACCUCAAGAAGAACAACCAGUCCAUCAUCUUUGAGGUGAGGGAGGGUAGAGAAGGGAGAAGGGGGGGAGAGAAGGAAGGCGUGGAGAGAGUCAAGUACCGGUAUUCUAUUUAGCUUGAAGUGUUGCAGUUGCUCCAGUAACUGUUGGUACAGUUGUAGAACAGUAUCUGUGGAUGUACAGGUGGAGACAGUAAGCCGUGAUGUACAGGUGUAGACAGUAAGCCGUGAUGUACAGGUGUAGACAGUAAGCCGUGAUGUACAGGUGAGACGGGGGUAAGUGGGGCCGUGAGUGUGAGACAGGGUGGGGGUAGCCGGAUGGGGGGGGGGGGAACAGUAAGCCGUGAUGUAAGUAACAGUAGCCGUGAUGUAGGUGGAGACAGUAAGCCGUGAUGUACAGGUGAGACAGUAAGCCGUAUGUACAGGUGUAGACAUUAAGCGUGAUGUACAGGGGGCGACAGUACGCCGUGAGACAGUGGUAGACAGUAAGCCGUGAUGUACAGGUGUAACGUAAGCCGCGAUGUACAGUUGUAGACAGUAAGCCGUGAUGUACAGGUGUAGACAGUAAGCCGUGAUGUACAGGUGUAGACAGUAAGCCGUGAUGUACAGGUGGAGACAGUAAGCCGUGAUGUACAGGUGUAGACAGUAAGCCGUGAUGUACAGGUGGAGACAGUAAGCCGUGAUGUACAGGUGUAGACAGUAAGCCGUGAUGUACAGGUGGAGACAGUAAGCCGUGAUGUACAGGUGUAGACAGUAAGCCGUGAUGUACAGGUGGAGACAGUAAGCCGUGAUGUACAGGUGUAGACAGUAAGCCGUGAUGUACAGGUGUAGACAGAAAGCCGUGAUGUACAGGUGUAGACAGUAAGCCGUGAUGUACAGGUGGAGACGGUAAGCCGUGAUGUACAGGUGGAGACGGUAAGCCGUGAUGUACAGGUGUAGACAGUAAGCCGUGAUGUACAGGUGUAGACAGUAAGCCGUGAUGUACAGGUGGAGACAGUAAGCCGUGAUGUACAGGUGGAGACAGUAAGCCGUGAUGGACAGGGUGGUAGCCGUAUGACAGUAAGCCGUGAUGUACAGGUGUAGACAGUAAGCCGUGAUGUACAGUUGUAGACAGUAAGCCGUGAUGUACAGGUGGAGACAGUAAGCCGUGAUGUACAGGUGGAGACAGUAAGCCGUGAUGGACAGGUGUAGACAGUAAGCCGUGAUGUACAGGUGUAGACAGUAAGCCGUGAUGUACAGGUGGAGACAGUAAGCUGUGAUGUAUUUCUACACCUACAAGUCAAGGUCUCCUCUCUAAAGGAAAUCUUUAUUUCCACAGUUGUUGUCAUGAGUUUGAAUGCUCCAGGUAAAAAACGGCAGCACAGUUAUUCCUGUUCAUGUAGUUCUAUCAGGGCAAGUAGUGGCGCUAUACUAUACACUGAGUGUACAAAACCCAGCAGCGUUGCAGUUCUUGACACACUCAAACCGGUUCGCCUGGCACCUACUACCAUACCCCGUUCAAAGGCACUUCAAUCUUUUUGUCUUGCUCAUUCACCCUCUAAAUGGCACAUACACACAAUCCAUGUCUCAAUUGUCUCGAGGCUUAAAAAUCCUUCUUUAACCUGUCUCCUCCCCUUCAUCUACACUGAUUUUGAAGUGGGAUUUAACAAGUGACAUCAAUAAUGGAUCAUAGCUUUCACAUGGAUUCACCUGGUCAGUCUGUGUCAUGGAAAGAGCUGGUGUCCUUAAUGUUUUGUCCACUCGGUGUAUAUGCUGUGACUGAACCCACGCGGUCCUCUUUUAGAACAAUCAGGCUGACUUGGAGAAUGCCACGGAGGUUCUGUCUGGAUAUCUGGAGCGGGACAUCUCCCAGGACUCUCUGCAGGACAUCAAACAGAAAGUACAGGACAAGUACAGGUGAGUUAAAUACAUGAUAUAGAUGUCUUUAUUACAGCAGGAAGUACGGGUGAGUUAAAUACAUGAUAUAGAUGUCUUUAUGACAGCAGGAAGUACAGGUUAGUCUGCGACAGGGUAGAUGAUUUUAUAGCUCUGUGUUUUAUCUAUGAAAUUAUACCAGAUUUGUCUUUUUGUACCAGUCAGUGGUAAAUAUAUGAAAUUUGAAUGCUAACGUGGGAGGAGUAUUCUAAACAUGCCUACUAUGAGGCUGUCAUGAUCAGCGAUUAAUUUAAUCUGAAAUUGCCUCUUGUUCCAUUCUAUUUGUGUUUGUUUGUUUGUCAAGCCAAAGAUGAUUAGUUGGCUACGCUACACCUACAGCACAUAUCAGAAUGGCACCAGACUGAUUUAAAAUGACCCUUCCUACAGCACAUAUCAAUGCACCACCUGAUUUAAAUGACAUACGCACAUACAGACAGCUGAUUUAAAUGACCCUUCCUAAACAUGAAGACACAGACUGAUUAAAUGCCUUCCUACAGCACUAUAGAAGACACCACCUGAUUACACCACUACAGCACUAUCGAUUUACACAGAUAUUUAAAUGACCCUUCCUACAGCACAUAUCAGAAUGACACCAGACUGAUUUUAAAAUGACCCUUACUACAGCACAUAUCAGAACAAUGAAAAAGCCCUCUACAGACAUAUCAGAAGACACCAAUGAUUUUAAAAUGACCCUUCCUACAGCACAUAUCAGAAUGACACCAGACUGAUUUAAAAUGACCCUUUCCUACAGCACAUAUCAGAAUGACACCAGACUGAUUUUAAAAUGACCCUUCCUACAGCGCAUAUCAGAAUGACACCAGACUGAUUUUAAAAUGACCCUUUCCUACAGCGCAUAUCAGAAUGACACCAGACUGAUUUUAAAAUGACCCUUUCCUAUCCUCACCGUUUCCUGUUUGUUUUUGUUGUGUCCUCCAGAUACUGUGAGAGUCGGCGGAGGGUUCUGCUGCAGCAUGUGCAUGAGGGCUAUGAGAAGGAUCUGUGGGAGUACAUAGAAGAUUGAAGAUAGACUCUUUACUAAAAACCCCUUCUACAGACUAGAGCACUGAUGCAAUGCCACGGGGCAACACUGGUUUUCAGCUAUUGUUGCUGAUCUUCCCAAUAUUGCGUUUUUUGUUUUUUUUCUUGGGUUUUGUUUAAUGGAAAAAGUUUAUAAAUUAUAUCAAAAUAAAAAAAAAGAGGUAGAAUAUUUCAAACAUUAAUCGUACAACAGUAUUGUUUGUAGCAGAUUUGAUUGUGAGGACAAAAAAAAAAAAGAUCUCCCCACUUCUCUCAAUUGGUCACUAUUGUAACAUCACUCCCUUUCCCCAACUACUCUGUUCAGUUUUCCAGUGAGAUGUAUUUUAUUUGUUUCAUUUUAAGUACCCUUGUUUGGGACAUGGGGUUUGUGUUCAACACAGUCCAACUGUUCAAGCCAUGUUCAUUGAGUGUGGUUAGAUCCCAUUUAGGGUUGUUGAAUGUUGAUUUGCUGAUUGUAAGGUGUCAAACCAUAUGGGUUGGCAGACAAAAAGCAAAGGGAGUGCAAAAAAAAAAAAGAAGGAAACAUGUUUUUCAAUUUGUAAAUAACGCAUAUGCAUGGAACAGCAAGUGUGGCAUUUUUUUUUUUUUUUUUAAUUUUU